GACCCAUGGAAUAAAAUUGGGUCAAGGAUUUUGGACUUGGGUUACGACGUCGGUAAGGCAUUAUUUGGGAUCAAGCUAGAAAACAACAAGCCGACUUCUCGUCCCGAAAAGAGGCGUGAAAUUUCAACUACCAUACAACCGAAUUCAGAACCAGUCUCCAUUCAAUUGAUCCUGAUAAUUGUCGGUUCCGUUGGAGCAUUUGUGGUUAUAGCGGUUGUGAUAGGAGUGUGUAUUUAUAGUAAAAUGGGAAAACCAAGACAGCAUGAAUUUAGAGAAAGUUUCUCUAUGCGUUUUUACAACAAGAGUAUUACACCGCGAACACUACAUGUUCCUUCUUCAAUGCAUUUUGAUACGGCCGACCUUUCACACAUCCCACUACCCAAGGAUUCAUACCAGUAUCUAUCGUCCAUACAACACCCACACAGUAGACAUCAUAUGGUUAACAUACCAGACGAGUUUACGACUACGAGUGUUGCCGCCGCAGAACCGAGUUACAUAUACCCAGAAACACUGCCUUCUCCAAGAAUGAACUUAGAUUCUGAACAAUAUCUGCCACCGAUAAUACGUUCAGGUCUGGCAUCAUCCCAUAAAACAGUGAAUAUGAAUGGCGGGCACGGUAUGAGCUCACCUAUGUUGCCUCCCAUGUUCUGA